GCUAGCAUGUUGUUUUCAAUCACUUUAUUUUGACAACGGUCUAGACGCAAAUCGAAAUAUUAGCAAUUGAAAAUGCCGCAGCGCUCGCCGUUCGCCAUUCAGGAGCUGCUGGGCUUGGCGGUGGCAGCGGCCACGGAAGCGCCAACCGAUCUGACAACAACUGCCGGUGCAACAGUGGCAAAAGAGCGUCAAACGCCGACGCCGCCAAAGACAACAAAUGCCACAAUGGCAGCAGCAACAGCAGCAACAGCAACAAAUGCGGCCGAGGCCAAUUUACCGAGUGGCUUGGAGCCACAGCCGCAGCAGCAACACCAGCAGCAGCAGCAGCAACAGCAGCAACAGCAGCAACAGCAGCAACAGCAGCAGCAGCAGCAGCCGCACCACCAUCAGUACAGGGAGCACCACCAAAUGACCAUGGCGGCCGCCUCGCGAAUGGCCUACUUCAAUGCCCAUGCGGCGGUGGCAGCCGCCUUUAUGCCCCACCAACUGGCCGCGGCGGUGCACCACCAUCAUCAGCACCAGCACCACCCCCACCACCAUCCGCACCACCCACACGGCGCCGUUGGGGGGCCACCGCCGCCGCCGCCGCUGCAGCACAACCACCCCCACCAUCCGCACCACCCGCUGUUGCACGCGCAGGGAUUUCCGCAGCUUAAAAGCUUCGCCGCAGGAGCCGCAACUUGUUUGCCCGGCUCCCUGGCGCCCAAGGACUUUGGCAUGGAGGGCUUGAACGGCUUCGGCGUGAACCCGAACAGCAAAAAGAAGAAAAAGAAGCGACGACACAGCCGCACCAUAUUCACCAGCUACCAACUGGAGAAACUGGAGGAGGCCUUCAAGGAAGCCCAUUAUCCCGAUGUCUAUGCCCGCGAAAUGCUGUCUCUGAAGACAGAAUUGCCCGAGGAUCGCAUACAGGUGUGGUUCCAAAAUCGACGCGCCAAGUGGCGCAAGACGGAGAAAGUCUGGGGCGGCAGCACGAUCAUGGCCGAGUACGGACUCUACGGGGCCAUGGUGCGGCACUCCCUGCCCCUGCCGGACACGAUCCUCAAGUCGGCCAAGGACAACGACGCGGUGGCGCCCUGGCUACUAGGUAUGGAGCAGAAAUGCAUGCACCGCAAGUCGAUCGAGGCGCAGUCGGCGCUCAAGGACGACUCGGGGGUGAGCGACCACGAGGACUCGGCGGGCUCGAAGUCGGCUCACUCGGAGGACCUCUCCCGCUCCCGUUGCCGCGCCCUCAGCUCCUCCACCGAGUCGCUGAACGUCGUCAGUCCUGCGCCCAGCAGCUGCCCCACCUCCACGUCCACCUCGGCGCCGCCCACCUCGACGAGCGGCUACGCGGGCGCAGCCUCCUCGGCGGCCACCACGCCCACCGGGGCGUCCACCACCAACAGCUCCGGCAGUCCCCACAUCGAGCUGGGCUCCCCCUCGCCCCAGCAGCAGCAGCAGCAGCAGCAGCAGCAGCUGCAACUGCAGCAGCAACAGGCGUCGCUCUACUUGGGCAGCGGGGCGGGCGUUAGUGGCUGUGCCCCGCCCAGCUAUCAUCCGCUGCUGGACGCCGCCAAUGCCGCUGGUGCCGGCGCGGCCGCCUCCAGCAAGGACUUCCACAUGAUCAUGAACACCGCCGUGGCAGCGGCGGCAGCAGCUGCUCAGCAGCAGCAUCAGCAACAGCAGCAGCAGCAGCAUCAGCAGCAGGUCACGGCGGCAGCACCUGGAUUGCAUGCCCACAACUUGGCCGCCGCCCUAAUGGAGCACGAUCCGGAUGCCUUCAGAAACAACUCAAUCGCCUGUCUGAGGGCCAAGGCGCAGGAGCACCAGGCACGACUCCUGAACAACGGUGGACUCUUCCUGCAGGUGCGCCGGUUCGCCCAGGGUCAGGCGCAGAUCCAGGACCCAAGUGAUAUGCUCAAGCUCAGCGAGGAGCACAACAACAACAGUCCGAUACCCAUUCCCAUUGCGCCUCUUAAUCCGCAAGCCAAUGUCAAAAUGGAGCUGACCACCAGUGGAGGAUCAAUGAAGAGCUGCGAGGAGGCCUAACAGAGGGCCCAACAAGUUCACUUAAUCUAAGCUGCCCAA